GUCCCGUCGCAGGCUAUGGGGGCCAUGGUCACCUAAAGUAGACCCGGCCAGUCCUCCUCCUCCUCCUCCUCCUUCACCUCCUCCUCUACCUCCACCUUCUCGUCAUCCUCCUCUCCCCUUUGCUCCUUCCUACCAUCAAUUAAUCCGUCCAUCCAUCAAUCUAUUUAUCCAUCCAUCAAUCCAUUUAUCCAUCCAUCAAUCCAUCCAUCCAUCCAUCCAUCUGUUUCCACCCGUGUGUGUGCGUGUGCGUGUUGCGGAGGCCAUGCCGGGGGCGUGGAGGUUGCCACGGAGCGUCCGGCAGCUGGGCCUGCACCGGCUAGUGGCGGCCCUCAUCGUCUUCUGCCUGCUGUCCAUGGCCUACCUGGCGUACCACGUCAGCAGCGCCCCCAAGAUCAAGGAGCCUCCGCCGCUGCCUCUGGGAGAGUGUGCCACCCCACUGCCCAUCGCGGGCACGCUCGGUGGGGUCAGGGGUCUGGGCAGCCUUCGGGGGACGGGAGGGGGGUUCUACCCGUCCCAGGGUAGCCAUAGGCGGGGAGGGGUCGGCGGAAAGGGGCCGGACGUGUCGCGGACUGACCCGGUGGUUCUGGUGCUGGUGGAGAGCAUCUACUCGCAGCUGGGCCAGGAGAUCGCCGCCAUCCUGGAGGCCGGACGGUUCCGGUACCGGACGGAGAUGGCGCCGGGCCGGGGCGACCUGCCGAGCCUGGCGGUGCGGGGCCGCGGCCGCUACGCGCUGGUGGUCUACGAGAACCUGCUCAAGUACGUCAACCUGGACACGUGGAACCGGGCCCUGCUGGACAAGUACUGCCAGGACUACGGCGUCGGGGUGGUCGGGUUCUACCGGGCCGGGGAGAACUCGCCGCCCAGUGCCCAGCUCCGCGGCUUCCCACUCUUCCUCCGCUCCAACCUGGCGCUGCGCGACUACCGGGUCAACCCGGCCGCGCCGCUCCUCUACGUGACCCGGCCCAGCCAGCUGGACCCGGGCCCGCUCCCCGGCGAGGACUGGACCGCGUUCCUGUCCAACCACACCACCUACGAGCCAGUUCUGGUGGCCAGCCCCAGACUUCCGGAGGGGCCCGUGCCCCUGGCUCACCCCCACCAGCAGAGGCCUCUCCUGGCCACGGUGGUCCAGGACCUGGGCCUCCACGAUGGGAUCCAGAGGGUUCUAUUCGGGGGCAGCCUGUCGUUCUGGCUACACAAGCUGGUGUUUGUGGACACCGUGGCCUUCCUGACGGGAGGCCGGUUGAGUCUGUCGCUGGAGCGCCACCUGCUGGUGGACGUGGAUGACAUCUUCGUGGGGAAGGAGGGCACCAGGAUGAAGGUGUCUGACGUGGAGGCCCUCCUGCACACACAGAGCAAGCUGAGGGCCUUGGUGCCCAACUUCACCUUCAACCUGGGUUUCUCUGGCAAGUUCUUCCACACAGGAACUGAUGAGGAGGACCUGGGAGAUGACACGCUGCUGCGUCACCGUAAAGAGUUCUGGUGGUUCCCUCACAUGUGGAACCACAUGCAGCCGCACCUGUUCCACAACGUCAGUGUGCUGGCUGAGCAGAUGAGGCUCAACAAGCAGUUUGCCCAGGAGCAUGGCAUCCCCACCGAUAUGGGCUACGCUGUGGCCCCCCACCACUCUGGGGUGUACCCAGUGCACAGCCAGCUCUAUGAGGCCUGGAAGUCCGUCUGGGGGAUCAAGGUGACCAGCACGGAGGAGUACCCGCACCUGAGGCCCGCACGCUUCAGACGAGGCUUCAUCCACAACGGCAUAAAGGUUCUACCGAGGCAGACGUGUGGCCUUUUCACACACACCAUCUUCUACAAGGAAUACCCCGGAGGAUCAUGGGAGCUGGACAAGAGCAUCCGCGGAGGGGAGCUGUUCAUGACGCUGCUGCUUAAUCCGGUCAGUAUCUUCAUGACUCACCUGUCUAACUACGGCAAUGACCGACUGGGCCUCUAUACCUUUGAGUCGCUGGUGAAGUUCGUCCAGUGCUGGACCAACCUCCGGCUGCAGACACUGCCCCCAGUGCAGCUGGCUGACAAGUACUUCCAGAUCUUCCCAGAGGAGAGAGACCCCUUGUGGCAGAAUCCCUGUCAUGACAAGAGGCAUAAGGACAUCUGGUCAAAAGAGAAGACAUGCGAUCGGCUGCCCAAGUUUCUCAUCAUUGGCCCACAGAAGACAGGUACAACAGCUUUGCACUCGUUUCUCUCACUCCAUCCUGCCAUCUCCAGUAGUUUCUCCAGCCCGGUGUCAUUUGAGGAGGUGCAGUUCUUUAGUGGACCCAACUACCAGCGGGGCAUUGACUGGUACAUGGACUUCUUCCCCGUCCCGUCUAACGUGAGCACGGACUUCCUGUUUGAGAAGAGUGCCAACUACUUCGACACGGAGGCGGCUCCGCCCAGAGCUUCGGCCCUGCUGCCCAGAGCCAAGAUCAUCGCUGUCCUCAUCAACCCUGCUGACCGUGCGUACUCCUGGUACCAGCACCAGAGGGCUCAUCUGGACCCCGUGGCUUUGAACUUUUCCUUCCAUGAGGUGGUGUCCGCCGGCCGCUCCUCCCCUCCUGCCUUGCAGACCCUGCAGAGACGCAGCCUGGGGCCCGGGGCCUAUGCCUCACACCUGGACAGAUGGCUGCACCACUACCAACCCAGCCAGCUGUUGGUAGUGGAUGGGGUUCUGCUUCGUUCCAACCCAGUUCAGGUGAUGGACGGGGUGCAGAAGUUCCUCGGAGUCACACCCCAUUACAACUACACACAGGCCUUGAUGUUUGAUGAGAGUAAGGGCUUUUGGUGCCAGAGGCUGGACGGAGCACGCUCACGAUGCCUGGGGAAGAGCAAAGGCAGGAAGUACCCGGACAUGCCUGCUGAGACGCGGGCCCUACUGUCAGGACAUUAUCGCGAGCAGAACCUGGAGUUGCUCCGCCUGCUGAGCCGCCUGGGUCAGACUCCGCCCCCCUGGCUGAGGGAGGAGCUACAGGGGGCCAGCUGGAACUGAGGGUCUAAGCCCACCCCACUCCACCAAUCAGAUAGGCCCAAAUGUUUACCCUCCCUCCCCCGCUUCUCCUACCAAUCAGAAUCAGGCGGGGGGGUACUCAUUCCCCAAACUUUCCACCCCCACCCCCCAAGGCUGCGUCUGGACAGGCCUGGAAGCUGGGCCACCCACCAUGGAAUCCUGAGGUGGACCCCCAGAAACCCGUGGGCCCCUAGGCCCUCAUCCCCUGCAGAUGGAACAGUCUAUAGUUAGAGACUAUAGGCUGUGACCCCGCAUGUCACGGGUCACUAAUCGUCAACGUGUGGAUGCUCUAACCCAGAGCCACCUACCAGAGGGUCAUUGGUGUCUGUGUUCUGAGUCCCAGUGGGGAGCCCGUCUGGGCCUGAAGUCGUGUAGGCUCUAGUAGUCUUACUGAUUUGAGGGAACCCUACCUGCACCAGAGGCCUCCUUUCAUAUAGGGCUCCAUGCACUGCUGGCUCUCCAGGAGCCAAUGACGUGAAUGCACUCGGAAAAAAACACAGAUCACAUCAACCAAUCAGGGGUCUCGGAAAUGCCAAAUGGGAAUGGGACACAAGGAGCAUGAGGAGGAAGAGGAAGGAGCACAGUCUGAUUGUCAUUGGUGGCCUUCCACCCAGAGACACACAGUACAGACAGGCUGGGAAUGCCUUUCUCUGGAGUUGAGGCCUUUUGACUUGAGGCUUUGUAGCCACACCUGUCCUGGAUGUCUGGGACACAGACCUGGGAUAACUUCUGAGGAGUAAAUCUCAUUGCUCCACAACCUGUCCUGCAGAAGCAACAGGUGUCUCGGGGUACGUAUGGGCAAAGGAACAGGACUUGCAUAGUCAAUCGACCUUCUUUAACUGGACAUGAACCUAGAUAUUAUGGAAUUGCUAGAGGGGCUACUGUACUAUCUGCUGGGCUCUAGGGGUAAAGCUGCAGCACGCAAGACAUAGCAAACCAUCUCUGUGGUACUUGUUGAGCCAUUGUGCCUACAGUAGCACACUGCCUAAUGCCGGGAGCUUCUAGAACUUUGUCCACCAUCUCUUGUGUGAGGUGAAAAGGGAAUAGGAGGAAAAAAGGUUCUAGAACAUUGCCAUUAUGAUGUCACAAUGUCUGUUGCCUCAGAUUGGAACAUUGCUGUUUGUUUACACGCUUGCUGGAACAGGAAGGAAGCAGGCAGUCCAGAAGGCCACACCCCUUCCCAGAGGGACUGGAUGGGCUUUUCAUGUGCGUGCAGGGCAUGUGCGCAACGAGGAUCUUUAAAAAAAAAGAAAGGUGGUUGGGGAACACGAGGACAUGAGAACACCAUUAGUUAGUGACUCAUGUCUGAGUACUGUUAUCUCAGAUGGCUAAUUAUCCUGAGACUGAACUGCACCAAGCAACCAAAUGAGUUUGUGUGUGUGUGAAAGAGAGUGAGUGUGUGUUUGGAUGUGUGUAAGUGUUAUCUAGUGCAUAUUUCUGUGCACUGUUUAUGUGUGUGUGUGUGUGUGUGUGUGUGAGACAGAUCAAAAGCGAGCAACUGGGUAUCUGCCCAUCAACACACAGUAAAUGGAUUUCCCACGCUGUACUCUGUUGUCCUGUUUGUUCAAGUCUGUAAUAAAAAAAGGCACAGAAUGGA